UCCCCUCACGUUUAUCGCCUCGCGCCCCCAGCCAAGUACAGUACUCAAGUGUACCGCACCGCUAGCGCUGUCUGCUUCCGUCCUUGGAUGCGCCUCGCCGCCGGCCAUGGCCUCCGCCGUCGCUAGCAACUUGCCCGCGGGCGGCACCGCCGCCGGAGCUAUGUCGUUCGGCUGGCUCGGCCCGCGCCUCUCGUUCGGCGGCCGCGACGCUGUCGCCACGGUGGAGGUGGAGGAGCCCGCGCCGUCGUCGGCGGAGCCGGCGAUCUCGAAGGACUUCGUCGACUUCGAAUUCAGCCUUGGAGGGUCGGCGACCAUGCUCCCCGCCGACGAGCUUUUCGCCGAUGGGAAGCUGCUCCCGCUCCGGCCCCAUGCCGCGGCGAAGGCGACGGAGGCGGAGCGCGAGCGGCGGGACACCGCGCUGGUGCCUGAGAUCCCGCCUAUGCCGGAGCGGGUGAAGGCACUGCACCCUGCGGCGGCCGAGGAGGCUCUCGACCCGUACGUGUUCUCCCCCAAGGCGCCGACGUGCUCGAGCACCUGGCGGGAGCUGCUCCGGCUCAGGAAGGUCCAGACGCCGCAGAAACCGUCCCGGUCGCUGUCUGCGUCUCCAUCUCCGUCGCCGGCGGCUACGGCCGCGACUCCGUCGAGAGCGUCCAACUCUUCGGCGGCCAGGUCGCUGAAGCUCCUCCUCCUCCAACGGAACGGCGGCCGCGCAUCCAACGCCGCUGCGUCGGACCUCUCCGUGGCGCCGCUCCUCCGCGACAGCUCCGACUCGGAGGCGUCCCUCUCCCUCGCCUCCUCCCGCUUCUCCCUGUCGUCGUCGUCCUCGUCCUCCGGCCACGAGCACGACGACUUCCCGCGACACUCCCUCGACUCCGUCGACCCCACCCCACGGCCCCGCAUCCGCCUCGUCCGUUCACAACCCCAGGCGCCCCAGCCGCACCCGCCCGUCGCCGCCUCCGCUCCCGCGCGAGCCGGCCACAGCCCCGCCCACCGCCGCCCCCCCUCGACGCCACCACCGCCGCCGAGCGUGGUCUCCGCGGACUCCCCGCGCAUGAACGCCUCUGGCAAGAUCGUUUUCCAGGGCCUGGAGCGCAGCUCCAGUUCUCCAGCCGGCAGCGUUCACUCGUCCAUGAGGUCGCGCUCCCGCGUCAUGGACCGGUCCUACUCCGCCGGUGUCCGCGCCACGCCGGUCGUGCUCAACGUCCCAGUCUGCUCGCGGCCUGUGUUCGGAUUCUUCAAGGACAAGAAGGAAGCCGCGGCGAAGGAGGCAGCUGCGGCGCGCCCGCGGUCGGCGCUCGGCCGGAGAACUACCCCGGCAGCCGGUGGAGUUAGCUGCAGAGAUCUUGCCAAUGGUAAUGGUAACUGACAUCGUUUUGACUAAGCUAGUAAUAUUAGUGGUAAAAUUAACUAGUAUUUCAGUCUCGAAAAGAAAACAGAACAAAAAAGAAUUUGCGAAGUGAAGAGUGAUUAGUUUGGGAUCUUUAGAAGAGAAACAAUUGGGAGGAUAGUUUGGUGAGCUGAUUUUGCCUCGAGAGGCUAUAGUUAUCUGAGCAAUUGAUCAACACCCGUCCAUCUUGCUCGUGUAAAUUUUGUCCCAUGUUUUUGCUACCCUUCCAAAUUUGAUCGUCAAUGUUUCUUAGCUAGCACGUUUGAUCUCCUGUUCCCAACUCCGAAGUGAAAAAUGGAAAAACUUUUGUGCA